AUGUUUGAUUACACGCCAGAUGUGUCAAGAACAGAGCAAAUGAGUCAAGUUAUUAGAUACGUUCGUGUCACUGGUAGUAAAGUAAUUGUAGAAGAAAGUUUCUUAGGCUUUAUAGAAUCUCAUGAAAAAACUGGUAGUGGUUUGACUACUGAAAUAUUACAUCAGAUAUCUCAAGAUGGUUUGGAUAUUAAUAAUUGUAGGGGCCAAGCAUAUGACAACGGAUCAAAUAUGGCAGGGAAGUAUAAUGGGGUUCAAGCAAAAAUUUUAGAAAAAAAUAACUUAGCAACAUUUAUACCUUGUACAGCACAUUGUUUAAAUUUAGCAGGUGUAAAUGCUGUAGGAUCAAAUAAACAAAUGCAACUAUUGUUCGGUAAAAUUCAACAACUAUUUAAUUUUUUUUCUGGUUCUACUUUACGUUGGGAAAUAUUGAUGAAAUCAUUGAAAGUAACUCUUAAACCAUUUUCCGAUACUAGAUGGUCCUCUAAAGCUGCUGCAGUAAAAGUCCUUUACAAACAAUUAUCUGAAGUGAAAUGUGCUUUGAUUAAUAUUAUUGAAAAUGGAAAUCUUGAUUCAAAACCUAUUGCGAAAAAUUUACUUAAUUUAGUGGAUCACGAAUUUAUUUGCUUAUUAACGGUUUGGAAUUAUGUACCUAUUUUUUAUUACAUAUAA